CGAGAAAAGGAUCCAAGUGGCCCUUGAGCUGACUUCCAAGCUUGUUUAAUCGAUCCAAUCUCAUUCUCAUACACUUGUUUACACAAACCGUUACGAUGUCUGAUCAACCGGAAUGGGGAGUAAAAUUAUCAAAAUUUUUUAUAAUUCCACAACGUGUCAUUUUGGCGAUAUUCGGAUUCUUGGCCAUAUUCAAUGCCUAUACAAUGAGAGUAUGUCUUUCGCAAGUGAUCACGGUGCUUGUGGUGAAGAAGAACUACACAAAGGAUGAAGCGGCGGCUGUGUGCCCACCAGAUCCGAAUGACCACAGUCCCAUGACCCGUGAAGGAGGCAGUUACAAAUGGUCCGAGGAGUUGCAAGGUUUCAUUCUGGGUUCGUUUUAUAUUGGAUAUAUUAUAACUCAUCUACCCGGAGGCCUUCUCGCUGACAAAUUUGGAGGAAAGUGGACACUUGGCAUAGGAAUAUUCCUUACGGCUCUUUUUACCUUGGCCACCCCAAUGGCCAUUGACUUUGGCGGAUCGACCGCUCUGAUAAUACUGCGGAUUUUAAUGGGUCUCGGCGAAGGCACUACUUUUCCAGCACUGAGUGUUCUGCUAUCAGCGUGGGCGCCAGCUUCUGAGCGGGGCAAACUGGGAGCCCUGGUACUCGGUGGAGGGCAGGUGGGUAGUAUCGCCGGCAAUCUGUUAUCCGGUCUAAUCCUUGACAAGUACGAAUGGCCAUGGGUGUUCUACUUUUUCGCUGGGGUUGCCAUUUUCUGGUUCAUUCUGUUCGUACUGCUGUGCUACAGUUACCCUGCCAAACAUCCCUUCAUCAAGCCCUCCGAACGCGAGUAUCUGAUGAACGAAAUUCCCCAAAAACCCGAUAAGCCCCCAACGCCGUUUAAAUCGAUCCUCGUCAGUCUACCCAUGUACGCCUUGAUCAGCGCUCAGAUCGGACACGACUGGGGCUUCUACAUCAUGGUGACCGAUCUGCCCAAGUACAUGGCCGACGUGAUGCGGUUCUCCAUCAAGGCAAACGGCUUGUACUCCUCGCUGCCUUAUGUGACCAUGUGGAUAGUGUCUGUCGCCAGUGGAUUCGUGGCCGAUGCGAUGAUCACCCGCAACUGCAUGAACACAACCAAUACGCGAAAACUGAUGACUGCGGUUGCCGCAUUCGGGCCGGCUAUCUUCAUGGUAGCAGCUUCGUACGCCGGCUGUGAUCGUCUCUUGGUUGUGAUCCUCUUCACCAUCUCCAUGGGACUGAUGGGAACCUACUACGCCGGCAUGAAGCUUACACCCCUGGACAUGAGCCCCAACUACGCUGGCACCCUGAUGGCGAUCACCAACGGUAUCGGUGCCAUUACGGGCGUCCUCUCGCCAUACUUGGUGGGCGUAAUGACUCCAAAUGCAAACAUGAUGGAGUGGCGAAUGGUUUUCUGGGUGGCCUUUAUCAUUCUCUUUAUCACGGCAAUUGUGUACAUCAUCUGGGCGUCCGGGGAUGUCCAACCAUUCGACGACGGCACCAAUUCCUUCAAAAAGCAACCAAAGUCCGAGGCGGCAAAAUAAGUAAAAGGAUAGUAAGUGGAUAUUUAAAAAUUCUCCGUUGUUCAAGAUUCUGUAAAUUCAGCCGAAAGAAUACGUCUUUUAUUUUAUAUAUGUUUUUUGCACAGAAGCACCUUUUUACCUGUGUAUCCAAAAUGAUCUCUAUUUGCAUGCGAUUCGUCCGUAGAUCCGAAACUGUAUCCGAAGAUGUAACAAAUAUACGAAAAUGUCUGAUCACAA